UAUUAUAAUAUAUCCAAAUGGGAAGGUCUCCUUACUGUGACAGCUCUGGGUUGAAGAAAGGGCCAUGGACGCCUGAAGAAGACCAUAAACUCUUAGCUUACAUUCACCAGCACGGCCAUGGAAGCUGGCGCGCCUUACCGCCCAAAGCCGGUCUCGAGAGAUGUGGAAAGAGUUGUAGACUUCGAUGGACGAAUUAUCUCCGACCCGACAUCAAAAGAGGAAAGUUCAAUUCGCAAGAAGAGCAAGCAAUUGUUGAACUACAUGCCCUCCUUGGAAACAGGUGGUCUGCUAUAGCGACUCACUUACCUAAAAGAACGGACAAUGAAAUUAAAAACUAUUGGAACACUCAUCUGAAGAAGAAGCUGAUCAAAAUGGGGAUCGAUCCGAUCACUCACAAGCCAAUGAAGAACAAUAAUGAAGAAAUUAAGUCAAAAAACACCGUUAAUUCCACCCUCAGCCACAUGGCUCAAUGGGAAAUAGCUCGACUCGAAGCUGAAGAAAGAUUGGCUCGUCAAUCUAGGCUUCAACCAAUUUCAUCCUUCAAUCAAAACUCAUUUGGUUCUUCAGGCGGUGAGGAGUCUCCAACGACGUCGUCUACGGCCACUGGAAAAUGCCACCAUUUGGCCGGACAGAUGGGUAAUGCCGAUGAUCUGCCGGCGCCGUCGGGAAGUGGCGGUGCUGAAAGCAAGAAUUAUUGCUGGCCGGACGCCAUUCUUGGCGAAUUCCUGAGAUUCUGAUGAGUUUUCUUAUAUUCGAAACAUCACGAUGGCAAGUGAGUUUUAUUUUUUUUUAUUUUUAAUAAUUAAUGAUGGGAAAAGAAAAUGAUCCAGAAGAUAAUAAUGAGAUCUAAUCUUUAUAUUUAAGUUAUGACAGAAAAUUAUUAUUUUGCCAAUUAAUGUGUGAAAGUUUGAUCUUACAAUUAAUUAUGCUUUCAAUCAAUUUCUCUCUCUCCAAAUUUUUUCAAGUGUUUGAAUUAGUUGGUGAGUUUGUAUUAAUUUUUUUCUAAAGAAAAGUUUGUAUUAAUUUCUUGGCAUUGAGACC